AUGUACGUACUGGUAACUUCAUCACCCGACGUCGUCAACAAACUCUUCGAUGCAGCAACGAAUUCAUGUAAGAAUGAAACGACGGUUAAGGACCAGAUCAAAUUGCACAUGGAUGCUCAACGGACAGGUUUUCUGUUGAGCCAAGAGGGGAGGAUGGCAUCGGUGGAGCACUUGCUCGAACGGGUGCCUAUCUCUUCAAACGGCUACGAGUACGAGUUCGCCCGCUGGAAGCGCAAUGCAGAUGGGAUUGUGGUGCCGGAGAACGGGCAUGGCAAUGGAGGAGAUCGCCUUGGGCCCGCAUUUCGAGCAACCUAG